UUUUUAUUAUUAUUAUUAUUAUUUAGACCACAAAAAUCUUGUAUCCACUUCAUUAACCUUUGGACACAUUUUGCAAGCGCUUAUAAAUAACUCGCAAUGGUACGGCAACCGCACAGAACGAAUCAUUCAACUGUUGUCAGCACAUUUUAGCGCUCUUUUCAUUUGCAUUUUAGUAAUAUCCAAGCAAGCAUUGCUAUAUCUCUAUAUCGCACACACUGAUAUUGAUUUUACAUUAUUGUGUAGCUCCGCUCCAAAUACUUUCUCCAGUCUGCCAGCCGUCUGGUCAUUUCCUCGCGAACUGCCCUUAUCCGGCCCAGGCCAACCCCUAUCACUCCACACAAUAGAUCGUUCACUUUGAGCAGCAAAAUGAUGGCGGCACAAUUUACUGUGAAUAUCCAGAUCAAGUCACUGGACGAGCUGGCUAAGAUCAAUGACAAGUCGCUGAUUCAGUCGCAGGCGUACGUCGAUGGGAGAUGGGUUAGUGCGUCUUCAGGAAAGACCUUUGACGUGACUGACCCCGGGACAAUGCAAAAGAUUGGCAGCGUGGCCGACAUGGACGCCGAUGAUGUCAGACGGGCCAUCGACGCUGCGAGCCGUGCCUUUGAGAGCUGGAAGAAUACCACUGCAAAGGAGCGCUCUCUGAUCCUGCGCAGGUGGUUUGAUCUGAUUAUCUCAAAUAAAGAUGAUCUGGCUAGGUUGAUGACGCUGGAGGGCGGCAAACCAUUGGCCGAAGCGUCGGGCGAAGUGGUGUACGGUGCGUCGUUUAUUGAAUGGUUUGGCGAAGAGGCCAAGCGCGCCUACGGUGAUGUAGUGCCGUCGCCGCUCAGCAGCACGCGCAUGGUGCCUGUGGGCGUCGUCGGCAUUAUCACGCCAUACAACUUUCCCAACGCGAUGAUCACGCGCAAGGUCGGCGCUGCGCUGGCCGCCGGCUGCACUGUAGUGGUGAGACCGGCCCACGAAACGCCGUAUUCAGCCCUGGCGCUGUGCGAGCUGGCUGAGCGCGCCGGCGUUCCACGCGGUGUUUUCAACGUUGUGCCGUGCUCAGCCGAAAACACGCCCGAUGUCGGCAAGGAGCUGACCACCAAUGAAGCCAUCCGCAAGGUGUCGUUUACUGGCUCCACGGCCGUUGGCAAGAUGCUCACUGCGCAGGCCGCCGGCACCAUGAAGAGAGUGUCGAUGGAGCUUGGCGGCAACGCGCCCUUUAUUGUCUUUGCCGACGCCGAUCUGGACGUCGCCGCCGAGCAGCUUGUCGCGUGCAAGUUCCGCAACUCGGGCCAAACAUGCGUAUGUGCCAACCGCAUUUAUGUCCACGAGUCUGUCUACGACGACUUUGUCAGCCGGCUUGCUGUCCUGGUUGAGAAACGCUUGCGCAUUGGCCAUGGGGUGUCAGAGGGCGUCAAUUUUGGCCCACUAAUUACCGAACGCGGCCUGCAAAAGAUUGAAGAUCAGCUGAAGCGUGCUGUGGAUGCGGGUGCUCGCGUGUUCCUUGGCGGAAAGCGCCCGGAUAUUUCAGCAGCUGGGUACUUUUUUGAGCCCACGAUCCUUGUGGAUGUGCCAAUGUCGUGCGAGGAGACGUUUGGCCGCUGUGUCCACUCCGAGGAAGAGGUCAUUCGUCGUGCGAACAGCGUGCCGGUUGGGCUGGCCGGGUAUUUUUUUAGUCGCGACAUUGGACGUGUGUUCCGCGUGGCAGAGGCCCUGGAGGUGGGCAUGGUCGGCGCCAACACGGGAAUAAUCAGCACCGAGGUCGCUCCGUUUGGAGGUGUCAAGGAAAGUGGUUUUGGCCGCGAGGGAUCACGCUACGGAAUUGACGAGUACAUGAAUAUCAAGUACAUCAACAUUUCUUGUAAAUGUAGGGUUUUUUAAAUUAUUAUUUUUAUAAUGGUCAGCAAUACUUGCUCUUUUUUAUUUCCCACCUCCAACCGAAUCAAUUAUUCUAUGCUCAUAAUAAAAUGGAUGGCAAAAAAAUGAAACCCAACGUGGCUUUGUCUUUAUUAAGCACGUAUUGAAAAGUGGUCAAUGUGCAAAAGCAAGUUAGAUGCAACGCUACGGUUCAUUAUUGAAGAUUUUAUAAAAUUGAACUCUUUUAUUAGCAGUACUAAACCGUAUUUUGCUACAAAAAUCUUUGCGCGUAUUCGUUGUCAUUAAGG